AUGGAAGGCGCCAUCGGACAUCAAAUUUCAAAUAGGCACAAAAUAAUUUUAAAAUGUGGAAUUAUUAGGAAGGUAAAUGUUGGCAGCGACCAUAAAAUGGUCAGAGGCCAAAUUAGAUUACACCCUAGAAGGAAAAUGAACAAACUCGUAAGAAAACCACAGCCAAAUUUAGCUAACUUGACACUGGAUUUGAAGACCAAAGUGACAAAAUUUAACCUUAUCACCAAAAAUAGAUAUUCACUCCUCAGCGACGAAGAUCUCAAAAUUGAUCAAAUCAACAAACAGGUCAAUGACAUAAUAGAGGAAGUUGCACUUGAACUAGGUGAUAAGAAAGUCAAGCUAAGCUCCAACAAGCUCUCGGUAUGCAAUAAAGAAACCAGACGGAGAAGUGACAUAUAA